AGGAUCUAUACAAGGACGUCAUGAUGGAGAAUCCCCAGUCCCUCACAUCACCAGAUGGAACCAGUCAGAGAAAUCCACCAGAGAGAUGUCCCAGUCCUCAGUAUUCCCAGGACUGUCCAGGGGAGAAACCAAAUAUCCCACUGGAUCAUCAGGAAAGUUCUGGUGAAACAACGAGCGGACUUGAAAAACCCAUCUCAGUGUCUGUGAAAGUGGAAGAGGGGAUGAGCGACUCCUAUGGACAUCUCUAUUUAUCUUCCCAUCAUGAAGCAGAAGAUAACAAUACCACACAAGAUGAUUCAAUAACUCCUAAUGUACCCUCAGUCCUUCACAGCAGAGAUCCAUCCACCGAUACUGCUGGUCACAAAAAACCUUCAUCUAAGCAAUUACUGAUUGGUAAAACAAGAACUAAACAGAAAUGUGGGAACAUUUUUUCUAGUGAGAAACGUUUUAAAAAGAAAUCUAAUCUUUUUUUGCAUGAGAGCAAUUGCAGAGAUAACAGGUCAUUUUCAUGUUUGACAUGUGGAAAAUCUUUUAGCAUGAAAUCCAUUCUAGUUAGACAUCAGAGAACUCACACAAGGGAGAAUCCAUAUUCAUGUCCUGAAUGCGGGAAAGUCUUUAUCAAUCAAUCAACUUUUAUUCGGCAUCAGAGAACUCACACAGGGGAGAAGCCAUAUUCAUGCCCAGAAUGUGGGAAAUCUUUUAGUCUGCAAACUUGUCUUGUUAGACAUCAGAGAACUCACACAGGGGAGAAGCCAUUUUCAUGUCUUGAAUGUGGAAAGUGCUUUAGUCUGAAAUCAAAUCUUGUUGCCCAUCAGAGAACUCACACAGGAGAGAAGCUGUAUUCUUGUCCUGAAUGUGGGAAAGGCUUUAACAGUCGAUAUAAUUUUACUGCGCAUCAGAGAACUCACACAGGAGAGAAGCCAUUUGUGUGUCCCGAAUGUGGGAAGUGUUUUCAUUUGAAGUCAUUUCUUAUACGACAUCAAAGAAUUCACACUGGGGUGAAGCCAUUUUUAUGUUCAGAAUGUGGGAAAUGUUUUAGUCACAGACCAAAUCUUGUUCGACAUCAGAGAACUCACACAGGGGAGAAGCCAUUUAUUUGUCUUGAAUGUGGGAAGUAUUUUGGUGGGAAAUCAAUGCUUAUAAAACAUGUAAGAAGUCACAUAGGAGAGAAGCCAUGUUCAUCUUUAGAAUGUGUGAAAUCCUUUAACCAGAAAUCAGAUGUGGAACAUGAAAGACUCCACUUAGAGGAGAAACUUUUUUCAUGUUCACAAUGUGGGAAAUGCUUUAAGACUCAAACAUGUUUUUUUCGGCAUCAGAGAACUCAUACAGGGGAGAAGCCAUUUUCAUGUCUUGAAUGUGGAAAAUGCUUUAGUCAGAAAUCACAUCUUGUUACACAUCAAAGAACUCACAUAGGAGCACAUCGGAGAACUGAAAUAGAAGAAAAGCCAUUUAUGUGUCCUGAAUGUGGAAAGUAUUUUACGGUGAGAUCAAGGCUUAACUAUCAUCUAAGAAGUCACACAGGGGAGAAGCCAUUUUCGUGUCUUGAAUGUGGGAAAUGUUUUGGUCAGAAAUCAAAUCUUGUUAGACAUCAGAGAAGUCACACAGGGGAGAAGCCAUUUAUGUGUUCUGAUUGUGGGAAGUGUUUUGGUGUGAAAUCAUUGCUUAUAAAACAUCUAAGAAGUCACACAGGGGAGAAGCCAUUUUCAUGUCUUGAAUGUGGAAAAUGCUUUAGUCAGAAAUCACAUCUUGUUACACAUCAAAGAACUCACAUAGGAGCACAUCAGAGAACUGAAAUAGAAUAAAAGCCAUUUAUGUGUCCUGAAUGUGGAAAGUAUUUUACGGUGAGAUCAAGGCUUAACUAUCAUCUAAGAAGUCACACAGGGGAGAAGCCAUUUUCGUGUCUUGAAUGCGGGAAAUGUUUUGGUCAGAAAUCAAAUCUUGUUAGACAUCAGAGAAGUCACACAGGAGAGAAGACAUUUGUGUUCUGAAUGUGGGAAGUGUUUUGGUGUGAAAUCAUUGCUUAUAAAACAUUUAAGAAUUCACACAAGAGGGAAUCCAUUUUCAUGAUCAGAAUGUGGGAAACAUUUUAGCCAGAAAUCAAAUCUUGUGAAACAUCCAAGAACCCAAUUAAGAGAGAAACCAUUUUCAUGUCUUGAAUGCGGUAAAUCUUUUGGUAUAAAGCAAAUCUUGUUAGAUAUCAGAGAACUCACACAAGGUAGAAGCCAUUUUCAUGUUCAGAAUGUGGGAAAUGUUUCACCUAUCAAGCAAGUGUUGUUCAACAUCACAGAACUCACACAGAUGAGAAGCCAUAUUUAUGUGGAAAAUGUGGGAAUUUUUUUUAUUAAGUCUUGCUAAACAUGAGGGAAUUCACUUAGAAGAGAAGCCAUUGUAAUGUUUAGAUUGUAAGUCAUCUGAGAGAUGUGGAGCUUCAUUGUUAGACCUGCUGCCUAAUCAUGUCUUCUGAAUAACUUAAAACGGUUGUCCAGGAGAGAAAGGGAGCCUCCAAGGGUAGAAGAAUGGUUGGGGGAAGUCCACCACAUCUGCUUAAUGGAAGAACAAGUGGGGUGGAACUCAGGGAGUAGGAAGACGUUCCUCAGGAUAUGGAGUCCCUGGCUAUGCUUCCACGCAAAGAGAACACAAAUUACCAGCCUCUGACAACAUACACUUAAUUUGCUUCUGAGAGAAGAGGCAUGCUUUGGCCCUUAGCAGACCUGAAAGAGGAGACUGUCUCUUAUUGUUAACAAGCCUUGCCCACAGAUUCUAUAUUCCUCAUAGAUUCUUACAGAAUAUAAGUUAAACAGCCAAUCCUCUGAGGUUCCGGCUUAGUUCCUAGCCGGGAUGGUUUUUCUGGUUUAUGUUAUUUAUCUAUAUUUACUUCUUCACUCUUUUGCACUUUAAUAUGUUCUCUGGUUCUUGAUUGGAAUCGUCUCAGUAAAUCGCUGAAUGUAGGUGUGUAUUUGCAUUGGAAUAUGUAUACAUACAUAACCUCUUUAUAUGUACGACAUUGUUUCUAGAUAUGAGAUAUUGUGUCAUCGGAUCUUGAUUUUCCAUCUAUAAUGCACUCUUGCAUAAAGCAAA